AUGCAGGGCGUUAAUUCCUUUGCUAAAUACGGACUUAUCAGCCUCUGCAAUGUGAUCUACAAGAUAUUCACCAACGUGAUAGCGACCCGGCUGGCUGUGUUGCUCCCCAAGCUGAUCUCUGUAAAGCAGGGGGCCUUCGUGAGGGGUUGGUCCAUUGUGGAAAACAUAGCGUUAGCUCAAGAACUGUUUAGAGACAUCGGACGGAAGGUUCGUGGGGGGAAUCUAGUGGUGAAGUUGCAUAUGGAGAAGGCUUAUGAUAGAGUGGAUUGGCAGUUUCUCAAACAGGGGUUUGAGAUAGGGAGACUCUCUCCUUCUCUCUUCAUCCUAGCAGCAGAAACAUUCAGCAAGGGGUUGUCUAGGCUGGUAUCAAAUGGGCGCUGUCAAGUGUUCAAGCUGAAACAAGGACGUAUGAAUACCUCUCAUCUGCUAUAUGUAGACGAUACAGUUCUGUUCCUCAAUGGGCCCAGGCAGUCCAUUACAGCGAUGACGUCUUUUAUCUCCAAAUACCAGGAUGUCUCAGGCCAAAGAGUAAAUCUUAGGAAAAGCUCAUUUUUCUGCUCUCGCAAACUAACUACAGCUAGGAUCAGAAGCAUUAAACAGUCCCUUGGAAUUAGUAAAUCGGCCAGAAACUUCUCUUACUUGGGGGUCCCGCUAGUGAACAGGAGGAUCAAAUGUAGUCUGUUUGCUCCUCUAGUGAAUAAGGUGGCUGCCAAAAUCCAAGGAUGGAAUGCCAGGAUCCUCUCUCAGGCUGGUAGAUUGGCCUUAAUUUCCUACGUUCUUAACGGCAUCCCAAUCCAUAAAUUGCCAGCCACGAUCGUCUCCAUUAAGGUCCUGGAAAAUUUGGAAAGCAUUUUUGCUGAUUUCUUCUGGGGUUGGCACGACGGGGUGAAAAAACUUCAUUAG